UCAGUUUUUACGCACGCUUUUUAUUUCCUUAAGGAAUUUUAAUAAUUUUAUUAACUCAUCAUUUUAAUUUAAAAGAAACAUGUCACAUUUAAUUGGUAUUUUAUUGGCCCUGGUGUCGUUAGCGGUCACAACAUGUAGAGCACUGCCAGAUUUUCACAAACAAAUGUCACCCCAACAACUGCAAUCCAUAUUUCAUGUCGAUUCAGCUGACGCCGUGCCACACUACGAAGUCGUUCAACUUUUACAUCACAACCAUCCAGAACCAGCCACUCAAACACAUCACAGCCACUACAGGCGCCGAAAACGCAGCGUCGAGCCUCUACAGCAAAUGCAAGAUCUCAAACAGCAAACUCGUGACAGCCAGCAUGUCAAAAAGGAUCUGAGUAAGAAUCCCUACUACAGCCAACUGAAAGAGAAAUCCUCUAAGGCUGUCCACUCGAAUAGUGUAUUCGAGGCGGCAAAGUCAGACAAACAGAUUAAAGACAUUAAAGAGCAUAAAGUAUCGUUUAAUGCGUUUGGCAAAGAUUUGAAUUUGACACUGAAACAGACACAGGGUUUGUUCAAAAAUGGCCAAGUGCAUCGUUUGCCCAUGUGGUAUGUGGAUAAUGAAACGAAUACCACACAUGGCUUGAAUUUGCAAAAGAUUGAAGAUGAGCUUAAUCAUACCAGUGAUACUGUUGGUCAAGUCUUUCAAGAUGAAGAAAAUAUGGCAGCAAUUUUAAUGAGACGUCAUGAAGUAACCGGCGAUUUAGUAAUGGAAGGCAGCAUUGGUCAUGAUAUGGUUAUAAAACCUUUACCUCACGACUUGACACCCCAUCAAAAGGAGUCAUCACAUCAUGUGAUAUUUAAACGGGAAGUGGAUACCUCGGAACAUUUAAGUGAUUUUGCCUUCAUGGAACCCGAUGAUAUGGCCACCAGUGAAAAACUGGAAAAGCUACAAAAUCGCCACAAAAGAUCUGCUCAUCGAACCACCCUCGAGGACAUAGAAUUAGAAGAAGAACAACUGGAAGCCGAGGAUGGUAACAGCGACAAUGAGUUUGCCUCACACAAGCGGGCCAAAAGACAAGCACCCUACAUUAUAUAUCCUGAAAUUUUGGUAAUUGUCGACUAUGAUGGUUAUCGUUUGCAUGGUGGUGAUAAUUUGCAGGUGAAACGUUAUUUCAUCUCAUUUUGGAAUGGUGUUGAUUUAAGAUAUCGCUUGCUCAAAGGUCCUAGAAUACGCAUCAGUAUUGCCGGCAUUAUUAUAUCAAGAGGACGUGAUGCUACACCUUAUUUGGAAAGAAAUCGUGUUGGUAGAGAUGCCAUUGAUUCAGCGGCCGCUCUAACCGAUAUGGGUAAAUAUUUGUUCCGUGAGAGAAGAUUGCCCGUGUAUGAUAUAGCCGUUGCCAUAACAAAGUAUGAUAUGUGUCGAAGGCGUAAAGGAGGUCGUUGUACCAAAGGCACAGCGGGCUUUGCUUAUGUCGGCGGCGCUUGUGUGGUGAACAAACGUUUGGAAAAAGUCAACAGUGUUGCUAUUAUUGAGGAUACUGGCGGUUUCAGUGGCAUCAUUGUUGCCGCUCAUGAAGUGGGCCAUUUACUUGGUGCUGUUCAUGAUGGUUCACCACCACCCAGUUAUUUGGGCGGACCCGGAGCUCAACGUUGCCGUUGGGAAGAUGGUUAUAUAAUGUCCGAUUUGAGGCAUACAGAAAGAGGUUUCCGCUGGUCACCCUGUACAGUGCAAAGUUUUCAUCAUUUCCUAAAUGGUGACACAGCAACCUGUUUACACAAUGCUCCCCAUGAAGACAGUGCUUUGGGUCGUUCCCUGCCCGGUACACUGCUCUCGCUAGAUGCUCAAUGUCGAAGAGAUCGUGGCACCUAUGCCUGCUUCAAAGAUGAAAGAGUGUGUGCGCAAUUGUUCUGUUUUGAUGCUCAGACGGGUUACUGUGUAGCCUAUAGACCGGCAGCCGAAGGUUCUUCAUGCGGUAAUAGUUUGCAUUGUUUGGAUGGACGGUGUACACCUUUGCCCUCAAAUGCCAUACCCAAUUAUGGCCAUCAAUAUCGUUUAGGAUACAAUAACAGCCUACAAAAUGCCGCCACAGCCACAAAUGAGGACAAUCAUCACCAACAACAACAACAACAACAAGAAGAGGAGCAUGAUGAUAAUGACGAGGAUGAGGGUGAUGCCAGCAGCAACAAUGAGGGCAACAGCAAUGGUGGUGAAGAUAACGAUGAGAGCAAUGAAACUAUAGAGAAACUAAAACUGGUUAAUUGGAAAGCAUUUCCAUUUUGAUGAUGUCCAAUGAUUUACUUAAUAUCUGAUGUGUUUUUAAAUGCUGCCUUAGAGGAUAUAAAAUACAUAGAAUUAAAGGAAUUUAGUUACAAUUAUAUUCAUAUAUACAACAUACACUCUAGUACAUGUGUAACAUUGUUGUCAUCAUCAUCAUGAUCAUCCACAUGAUCAUCAUUAUCAUUUUCUUCAUUUUUGAUUUAACUGUCGCCUUCAACUCCUAAUUUAAACACAACCACACCACAACCCCAACCACACCACAUCAUUGAACAUUUGCGCGUUUAUUGUAUUGUAAAGGAAAAAUUUGUAUAAAGUAAUUGCCAUUAAUUUUAAUUAUUUUUCAAUUAAAUUCAAAUUGAAUAUUGUUGAUAAGAAACUAAAACAAACAAACAA